GCGCGGGAAAAGGUCAAGGUCAAGACAUAGAGAUGAUUCAAAGUCGGGGUCACCAGAGGAUGGGCACCGUCGCUUGCAAUCAGCGUCAAUGGACGGAGGUGGCGGAUCGAGGUCGAAGAAGCACCGAUCAAGGUCAAAGAAGCACCGAUCAAGGUCGAGGUCUGGGUCAGCGAUGUCGGACGAUCGCUCGCGCUCUAAGCGUCGUAAGCGGUCAGGCCGCCACAAGUCGUCGUCGCGGCGGCGGCGUGAGAAACACAAGGCAUCGGCGGCCAGAGAUGCAGAGGUUACGGGGGUUGUGGAGGUCACAGAGGUCACAGGGGUUGCAGAGGUCACAGGGGUUGCAGAGGUCAUGGAGGUCACAGGGGUUGCAGACGUCACAGAGGUUACGGAGGUCACAGGGGAUGCAGAGGUCAUGGAGGUCACAGGGGUUGCAGACGUCACAGAGGUUACGGAGGUCACAGGGGAUGCAGAGGUCAUGGAGGUCACAGGGGUUGCAGACGUCACAGAGGUUACGGAGGUCACAGGGGAUGCAGAGGUCAUGGAGGUCACAGGGGUUGCAGACGUCACAGAGGUUACGGAGGUCACAGGGGUUGCAGAGGUCACAGGGGAUGCAGAGGUCAUGGAGGUCACAGGGGUUGCAGACGUCACCGAGGUCACAGAGGUCACAGAGGUUACGGGGGACGAGGAGGCAACCGAGGGCAGGCUAACUUCGAAUCAUGCCGGAAAGGAGGAGGGGGCAGGCAUCAUUAUGAAACAUGCUGUCACGGAUAACAUGAGGAAGGGAGGAAGCAAGGACAGAGAAGGACCGGGAGGAUGGUCCAAGCCAAAGCUGGGAGAGAGGGAAGAGCUGGGAGAGAUGGAAGAGAAUGGGAGGAGAGAGGAGAUGGGGAACAGGGAAGAUAUAAAAAAGAAUGAUGAGAUAGGCUGAAAGGGAAGAGAAUAGGAAGAGAGAAGAGAUGGGGAACAGGGAAGAUAUAAAAGACAGGGAA